AUGGAGAAUAACAGCCCAAAAAUCAUUCAAUGGAUACUCGACACGCGACCUCUGUGGCCUGUUCCUGCGAAAGAGAAGAAACAAGAUGAAGUAGCAGAACUCAAAACAGUUGCAUCUCGAGCGCUAGCGCUCUUGUCCGACUCCGAGCAAGCUAGCGUCUUGAAAUAUUAUCAUGUCCGUGAUGCCAAGAUGUCACUUGCUUCACAUCUCUUGAAACAUUUGGUCAUAUCUAAGUACUGCAACGUACCUUGGUCAAAAGCGAUGGUUUCUCGUACUUCAAAUGGCAAGCCAUGUUACGUACCGCCGGCGAAAAUUCCAUCGAUGGGUAGUCACGUGAUGUUUGAUUUCAAUGUCAGCCACCAAGCCGGUAUCGUCAGCCUCAUUGCCGCAGUAGGCUUCAAGAAUCAAGUUGAUACCGGGACUGAUGUUGUCUGUGUGAAUGAGCGGGAAAGUAGAGAUUCAGAGUAUAUCCAGAAGUCUGGAUUUUUUGAUUGGGUUGAUAUUCAUGGCGAGGUCUUUUCAGAAUCAGAAAUCAGCUUCAUGAAGCUUGGCCCAAUACUACCCUCAGAUUUGGGGAUUGAAGGAGAGUUUAUGGGUUACGGGAAAGAUAGGAUUUCAAGAUGUCAGCGGAGAGGUGGCGAAGUUGCAGUCAACGUCAAGAGAGGAGAUCAUGAGGAAGAAGUCAAUGUCAAGACGAGCAAGGUGAUCGAUGUGAAGAUGCGGAGAUUCUAUGCUAUGUGGUGCUUGAGAGAAUCUUUUGUCAAGAUGACUGGCGAAGCGCUUCUUGCCCCCUGGCUAAAAGAGUUGGAGAUAUUGGACGUUCAAGCGCCGACCGUAAAGGAAGGGCAUCUCACCAAAGAGUCUUUGGAGCAGGGCGGUGUUCAACACGAGUUUCGAAUCAUCUUCAAAGGGAAGCCAGUCACAGAUGUCAGAAUGGAGCUCUCAGCUCUUGGGGAAGCUUUUAUGGUUGGAGGGGCUCUCAGAGCAAGGGAUCCCGAUGAGCGAAAUGCAGCAGUCAUGGGAAGUUGGCAAGAACUGGACCUCGAAGAAGACAUCUUGAAACCCGCAGAAAGCAAUCCUUGA